AUGGACGCCACCUUUCUCCACGUCUCGCGCGAGCUCCGCAGAACUCUGCCCGCGAGCACGGCGAACCACGCGCCGGCGUACCGGUCUCCAGGGCCUCCCAGGGCCCAUGUCGCACGUGGCGCUGCCCGCGGCGCACGCGGCGCCCCACGUCUUCCGGCCCGAGAAACCAUGCUGUCCUUGUUGCCCUUCGCCCUGCGAAGCCUCCGACGACGCAAGGAUGCCUUUGGCCGUGAAGAUGAGUGUGAAGAGCAGGAUCGCGAGGAAAAGCCGGUGGUCUUGACGGACUUGGUGUGUCUCAUUCCUGGUGGUGAGCCCGUGGUGCGUUUGGAGGACGCCCCCGGCAACGCACGCCGCAUUUUCACAGGCAUCGACAUCUCAGCGAGCGUGGAAGAGGUCUGGGAUGUGAUGACGAGCUACGAACUGCUGGAGUCCCGGAUCCCCAACUUAGCGGAGAACCAGGUGCUCGAACGCUUCGAGGAGGAUGGCGGUGCUCGGCUUUGGCAGGUGGGCCAGGCGAAAUGGACUGUGCUUAGCAAAGACUUUUACUUCAAGGCAUGCACCACCUUGGACGUCCACCUUUGGCCAGAUGGGUUGCCCUCCGACAUGACUGCAGGUCAACAGAUCUGCGCGUCCACUUCAGCAGAAGCCCGCGAGUAUGAUCGCACGCUGCCGCUGGUCAGGGGGAUCUAUCCACGGCCUUUCUCGAUUUCAGAUCAAGGCGUUCCCGUCCGCGACAUCACCAUGCAAAACGUCUUGGACGAACGCUCGGACUUUGUCCACUACCAGGCCGUUUGGCGCUUUCAACCCUUGACAGGCUGCGCCAUGGAGGGCCAGGACAUGAUGAGGCUUAGCUUUUCCGUGGAAUGCCAACCUCAUUGGUUUCUUCCGGUCGCACCGGUGGAAGGGCGUAUUGCGGCCGCGAUGGGGGAGAACAUGGUGGCGAUUCGCAGCUUCGUCGAGGGCCGGAAGAAGGCGGAGGAAGCCAUGAAGGCGCGCCAGGACUUGGUAUCGAACGAGGAAGACUUUGAGCGUCUUCAGGAGCGCCUCUACCAGCUGGUCGAAGAGCAGCAUCCUGAGGCCAUCAGGGAUGAGGCCUUCCUUGCCAUGCCCUUCAACAGACUGGAUCUGCAGCGCCGGUGGCCACGCCUAGUGCAGACGCUGGGCGUUUCACAAGAACAGGCGUUGGAGAUCGUGGAGACUGACGUUACUCCACUGCUGGUGGAGUCCGACGACGUCGCGGAGAUCCUGUCGCGGCUAGCGGCCAUCUCGUCGCGUGAGAAGGCCUUGGAGCUCAUCGGGAUAUAUCCAUCACUUUUGGCUCACGACGUGAAGUUCAGCAAAGGCCACUCCUGUGUGUCGACCAUCGCGGACGUGAUCUACGCCUCCAGGGUGCGGCAGGUCCUCGACGACCACGAUGCAUCGACUGGGCCGCAGGAAGGGAAGAUCGAAGAGCUGGAGCUCUACUCACACAUCCUCGCUGGCUUGAAGCCCUUGGUCCAAGGCCGCUUAGACUCCGAGGGGAUGCAGACCAUGCGGCGGAAGCUGCUGGAGGCCUCCGCCUCGGUGGCGCCCAACGACGCGCUCCGGAUUCUCCUCCGGCGCUUGGCGGAAGCACCCGAUCCUUUGGCCUUCCUGAUUUGGCAGACGAAAGCAGGCCUGUCUGUGGCCUGGCUUUUGCUUCAACAGCCAUCUUUGGCCCUGUCCAUCGCCCAUCAUUCACCCAGGAUCAUCCCCCACUUGCCCUCCAUCUACACGCGGCUGUCGGUGAUCGAGCCACACGUGCCCGGCAUCGUGCGGAUUUUGGAUCCGUAUUUCGAGGUGGUGCGGCCGCGCUUGGAUCGAAUCAUGGAGCGAAUGGACGAGAUUGAGCCGCACCUGCCCUUCAUCCUGCUAAACUUGGAUGUCUUGGCCAAACACUGUGGCGCGCUUUUGGAUUACUUUGACGAUUUACUUCCUUUUGCGACCAUGAGCUUCGAUGAUGAGGAGGUGGAUGAGGACAAGGUAGCACAACCCUAUGAGAAUGCUCUACAGGGCGUGGUGGGUGGGCGGCCGGUAGAGCUGUUCAACGAUGAUCUUUUUCGACCUUUGCGUGUCGAUGCUUGGGUGCCCGAUGACUUCCUUCAUGGCUGGUCUUUGGAGAGCCUCAGUCCAGGCGGCGGCAAAGGAGGGACCAUGAUGUCCCGCAUCGAGAACUAUCUCGUCAAGGAGCUGAGCAAAGGUGAUCAUCGAACCUUGCUUCAGAUCACCAAAAGCUACUGCGAACAUAUGCAGAGCGGUCCAUCCUUAAUUUGCCCCAUUUUCUUGCACUUUCGAGAUAAGGCAUCAAAGCGUGUCUUCUUCGCCAUGCGGAAUUGCGUGGGCGAAGGCCCCUUCAAGGCCUUGUACGACCUUAAGGGUUGUGCAGAUGACAAAAGCUUGGAGAAGGAUGGGAAACCCAUCCGUGCAGUGCACAAGCGGAUUUGGAAUGUUCCUAUGUGGAGCUCCUGUUGUUGGUCGCAAGCACGGCGUACCUACCAUGCGGGCAAGGUGGAAGCGCGAAAGGUGCAGAUUCCCAUCUUGUCGUCCCAGAAGGACACCUUCUUAGAGGCGAUGCGCCGUGAUGUCUCCUGGUUAGCGGGGCAACGGCUCAUGGACUAUAGUCUAUUGGUGGCGAUCAAAGACCACAAGGAGACGCCCACAAAGGGCCUUCCUGCAGGUCAGCCCUAUGUCCGGCAAACGUCGGAGGGUCCCAUCGCAGUGCAGAUGUCCAUCAUCGACUUCCUGCAACGAUGGACGAUGGGGAAGCGCGUUGCUCGCGCCAUCAAAGUCUUUGAAAGGAACAAAGCGACCAUUCCGCCGCGCGCCUACGCGGCACGCUUCGCAGUGCAUUUCACGCAACACGUGGUCACCGCGCAGGACUGGGAGGUGAAUGUUCAGGGCUUGAUGUCGUUGCAGCCCAAGGCCGAGGAUCCUCUACCCAGUUUUACCUUGGACAAGUCGCCUGAGGAGUCCUUCCAGCCUGUUCCGGUCGAGGUAGCGAUUCAGCGGAUCGAGGAUCGAGUUCGAACGGAACAGGAAGACAAUCAGCAAUUGGAGAUCAACUGCAUUGAGGGACCGCUACGAAAAGGUGCUUGUUGUGGCCCUGGUUGGUGGAAGGCUUGUUCAUGA